AUGAAUGGGGUUGUGAGGGCGCAUUUCGGAAGGCAUCCGAAUUCAAGUCUACAUCGGGAUCUGUAUGAAGAUCAUUAUCCGCUGACUGUAAAUAAAUCCGACGGGCAUUAUACCUUAAGUAACCUGCGGGCGACUCCGUAUAACGAGUCGUUAGAGGCUCGAGCCGAGGAAAUCUUGAAGGAUACUCCACUUAUUGACGACCUUGCCUACUUCCUUAGAUGGGCGCACAGCAACCACAUUUACCUAGACAACUUCACCGUCCCGUGGGAAAGUGGCGAGCUGGGCGGCGAAGUCGACCUGUAUCGGCUCCGCAAAGGCCGCGUGGGUGGUACGUUUUGGUCGAUCUACAAAUCCUUCACACUAACCGCCGAUACAGCCUUGGACGAGACCGACGCCGCCAUCGAUGUAAUCCAAAGAAUCCAAGCAGCAUAUCCCACUGCUUUCGGUCGACCAGAGAGCAGCUCCGAUGCGCUCUCCAUCUUCCAAUCCGGUCGCAUCAUUUCGCCCCUAGGCCUAGAAGGCCUCCACAUGCUCGGCGACUCCUUUGCCAAACUACGCGACUACCAUGCCCGGGGCGUGCGCUACGCAACACUGACGCACAACUGCCACAACAUCUACGCAGACUCCGCCAUGACCGACACGCCGAACGGCACAGUGCAAGCAACGCCUAAAUGGGGAGGAGUCAGCGCGAUAGGUCAAAAGCUCGUCCUUGAAAUGAACAGGCUAGGGAUUCUCGUCGACCUGAGCCAUACGUCGGCAGAUACGAUGCGUAGCGUGCUGGGAGGGCAGUCUGAUCGGAACGGUAACGUGACGAAUGGGACGACACCGAGAUGGGAGGGUAGUGUUGCGCCCCCGAUUUUCAGCCACAGUAGUGCGUUUGGAUUAUGCCCGCAUCCGCGUAAUGUCCCAGACGAUGUGCUGUACUUGGUAAAGGCCCGCGGCGGCAUCGUUAUGGUAACGUUUUGGGCGGAUUUUAUCAGCUGUCGGUGGCCGGAUGGAGUGCCAGUGGAGGGCCAACUGCCGGAGAGCUACCCACCAAACGUGACGAUUGCUCAGGUCGUUCGGCAUAUGCGGUAUAUUGGAGAUCUCAUCGGUUACGAUCAUGUGGGUAUUGGAAGCGAUUUUGACGGCACUCCAUUUGCGUUGAUGGGUUUGGACGACGUCUCAAAAUUCCCUAACCUCGUCAUGGAGAUGUUGAGGCAGGGGAUUGAGGAUGACGACGUGAGGAAGAUUGUGGGUGGGAACCUUUUGCGGGUUUGGAAGGUGGUGGAUAGUGUUGCUACUGCGAUGCAGGUUGACGGCACGCUUCCCGCGGAGGAUGACUUGGUCUGGCUCCCGAAUCCAUGGGAGGGGUUCUAG